CCUCUGCAGCGCCUUGCCCGCCUUCAGCAUGGCAAUGGCCAGACCUGGCGCGGUGCUUUGUCUGGAGGAACUCUGCUAAGGGACCGAGGGGCACCGCUUUUAAGAGGUUCAAGUGGGCUUUCGCCACGAGGGACAGUAAUCCUAGCUAAGUCUCGUGGGAGUUAGGAUGACCAUGGGGAGUGAUCCGAUGUCGCGGCCUGGCAGAGAACAUUGACAGUGAGCACGUGUAUCUGUAACUGCAAGCCUGUUUCUCUGCUUUGUUUGAUAUGAAGUAACGUAACACUGGGAGGAAAUAAUCACACAUAGCACUAGCCGUUGGCAUCUGCCAGGGUACGGUCCCGCGUUGCUUAGUGUGCGCAGUGCCAGGAGUGUGCAGGGCAUGCGGGAGUGUAUCAGUGUAUCACCACCCGAACCAGAACUGUUCUUAGCGUCAGACACCUCGGCUCCUCCCUCCAUGGUCACUUGAGAGCAGGCGCUGGUCGGCGGUGGAGCGCAGGGCUAGAUCCUGUUGCUCGUAUACAAGGCAGGUUGUCCCUACUACCAGCACCACCACCGCCACCAUGCAGCAGACGGGGGUGCCCAAGGCCGUCUGGCAGCGACGCACUAACAAGAUCAUAGCUGCAGGAAUCACCAUCAUCGGACUUACCAUGAUGCUUUCCCUCAUUCCACAGUGCAUCUACAUCGGCAUUGUCUUCGUCUCCUGUUCCUUAGUGUGGCUCGGCUGGAUGACGGUGCGUGAAAAGAAAGUGGAGCCUCCCAGACCAGAGGGGCAGCACCCCACCUCCCCCGUCCUCUUCCUCGUCGCCUCACACCACUUGUCCAACUCAGCCCGAAGCCCCACGCUGCCAGAUCCCGAGGACAAACCACCCACCUAUGACCAAAUCCUCAAGCUGGACGGCGCCCCUCCUGAUUACUUCUCGAUCCUCACCGAGAAACCGCCCAGGUACGAGGACCUGAGCCCCGGGCUGGGAUGGGGCGCGUGUGCCAUGCCUGCUGAGUUGUAUCCUGCCGAUCUGGCCUGCGUGCACCAAGUCCCUUCCCUGCACCCACACUCCUCGUCAGCGUUCCUGCACGAGGCUCCAUUAUCCUGGACGGCCGCACAGACACAGGCCGCUUCUUACACUGCCACCCAUAACCCGGCCUUCGCGAGAGACACCCCAAGUUUGCAGUCUUUAGUGGAGGACCAUGAAGACAAGGAGGCUCAGGACAGGGAAGCUGACACAGAAGAAACUCCGUCAUUGGACAAGAGCACAGAACCUUUGGACCAAAGCGCGGCGUGAACGUCUCCGAGGAUGUUACACUGCCAGUCAUGAGACAAGCCCUUCAGCCACCGUCCUCCUGCUUUCCUGAGGAGUUGGGCCAACAACUCUUCACCGGCGCAGGACACCAGUCCGCGGGAGUGUGGAGUGCGGAAUGUGUCGAUGAACAUGAGCAUUCCACGUUCUUUAUUGUGUUUUCGCGGCUGACAAUGACUGGAAACUCAUGGGAAAGGAUGAUAUUCAUGAAUGUAUAAAGUGAAAUGAACAUCCAGUAAAUAGAAGUGAAUACCUUCCCAAAUGGAACUGUGAGAUUGUAUAGGAUAGUUUAAAGAAAGGUUCCCGCGGUCAGGUGGGAAAGAAUGGCUUCGCAGCACCUGUUCAUUCACUAGUGGUUCGAAGCAAUCCCAUUGAGAACCGCCUCCAAUGCUACCAAAGUCUUUUGUCCCGUGAGGCCGUGACUCCUGGCCGUGUGGCCAUAGUGACUCGCCCACCUGACACGCGGCGUCCUUCCAGGCACCAAUACAGUGUGUGAUAUACUGACUGUGUGCCGCCUUGUACACACGUUUCGUGUGAACGUAUUUCUCAACAAGUCUUUCUGUAGUACUAGCUAGUCCUCGCGACACCCGCUCCCCCGCGUCCUCCCAGGUGGGAUUCACCUGGGUCCGCCUUAAUAAUGUAGAUUUACCACUAAAAAGUUGCAGGACUGCCUCAACUUCAGGCCAGAACGUAGGAUAAGGUGCAGCAGGUUCCUAACAAGCCCGCCUCUUUCCGGCACCCACACCAGCCUCGCCGCGCCGCACUACCAGCAGCCAGCCACCUGUAGUGCUUCUGUCCCAGCCAUCGCGAUAUGCACCGGAGUUCGGGACAAGAUCAGCUAGCCAUGAGAAGGAUAUCAGGCCAGAGUGCCCUGCGAGGCUGGGUUGGAGAGUGGUUCAAGGUUAGCCAUAAAAGAAAGCACGUAUCAGAUAAGGAAUAGACACGUAUUGUCAGGUUAUAAGAGAUUGUCCUCGUUAAAAGACUUCCUUGACCCAGGUGUACAAGUCAGCAUGUGAUGGUAAUUACCAAGGCGUGAAUGUGGAGGAACUGUAAUGGCAUUGAUGAUCAGCUCCCAGUGAGACGACGCCACGCUCUGUUGCCUCGUCGGCGUGUUUUCUUGUGAUAUCUAUUCUAUAUUUUUUUAGCUCCUUUCUACAUUAAAGAAAAUAGCUAAUAUA